AUGGAGCUUAACAAGCUGAAAGAUAAUCCGGCCUCCCAAAUCCCAUCAUUACUUGUGCCAGAGAACAACAAUAGCUACAUGAUGAAACCCUACACCAUGAAAGAUGAGUUCCUCCCAUUUGAAGCUUCUUCCUCUUCCUCAAAGGGUUACCUUCAAGAUUUUCACCAUCUUGAUAAUCAAUUUCAUCAAUAUGCUAGUUGCUCUUCAUCAAAUACCAUGAUGAGUCUCCAAAACCCAUGUUUUGAACCUUUCUACAAUGACAACAAUGCCUACACUUGUGACCAAGGCUCACCCACUGAUGUGAGUUUCUAUGAGUGCAAGCCUCUAAACAUUUCAGAGAAUUCAGGACAUGGCCAAGUCUUGGACAAUUUCCAAAGCGGGUCUGGAGGAGGGUACUUGAAUUACCCAAAUCCGAGAUCAAAUGCCAUUGGUAACAUGAUGGGGAUUACUCAUAGGAGUGGUACUAAUUUUCUGCCUCUGAUAAAUUCCCAGGACAUUAUACCUGUGAGCUUUGUGGUACCAGAUGAAGUCUCUUGCAUAAACUCAGAAAAUGGGUAUUACAAAAGAGCUGGGAUGAAUCAUAAGGGUACUAGUAGAUUGUCUGCUAUAGCAAGGGCAGGGUCAGCUAUUAAGGGUCGGAAGAAGAACAAUGUAGUCAAGGGUCAGUGGACAAUUGACGAAGAUAGGGUGUUGGUUCAGCUGGUUGAACAGUAUGGAGUGAGGAAGUGGUGUCAUAUUGCUCAGAUGUUGCCGGGAAGAAUUGGCAAGCAGUGCAGAGAGAGAUGGCAUAACCACCUCAGGCCUGAUAUCAAGAAGGACGCAUGGAGUGAGGAGGAAGACAAGAUACUGAUUCAAGCUCAUGGAGAGAUAGGAAACAAGUGGGCAGAGAUUGCAAAGAGACUUCCUGGAAGGACUGAAAACUCCAUCAAAAACCACUGGAAUGCAACCAAAAGAAGGCAAUAUUCGAAGCGAAAAUGCCGCUCCAAGUACCCCAGAGGCUCUCUUCUUCAGGAAUACAUCAAGAGCUUGAACCUGGACGCGUCGCCGCACACUGGCCGUCAGAGGAAAAGUAGUAACAACAACAAGAUCAGCAACAGCAGCAGUUCACCGGCCGAUCAAAGCAAUGGCACUACUGCCAGCACCAAAGUUCAGUCACAAACCAAUGUUGGUUUCAAUAACAGUGAGAAUGAUAGGUUGGUCCCAAACUAUGAGUUCAGUGAGGAGGAAGCCGAUUUUUGUUUUGAUGAUAACUUGUUUGAAGAGGGCUGCAGCAUUGAUUCUCUGCUUAAUGACAUUUCUUGUGCUACGGAUUUCGUGGAUUUGGGUUCUGCAAUGAUGGGGACUAAUGAAGUGAAGAAGGAGCUGGAUUUGGUGGAGAUGAUUUCUCAGGUCAAUGAAGCCGAUGAUGCCAGCUCUUGA